CUUGCUCUGGUCCUGAUUUCUGAGGUGAGGGUUAUGGCUUCCUACAUUUGCUCCAGCUGGACUAAAGUAGCCCUCACAUGUCACCAUGUCAAUUCUAUCUCCUUGCAACGUCCACUAAGAAUGAAUAGUUGGGUUGCUAGCCUUUUGCUGAAGUGCAGAUUAAAGAUAAUGGAGCACUGGGAUGAAACAAUAGGGCAGUGCUCAGUACUUGUGCUUCACCCAAGACCAAUCCUGUUUGACUUUAUCAGGCGUAUUCUCCAAUUGCCUGACCAGGAGAGGAAGGUCAAGGUACCGGCAGCGGUGAAGAUUUGCAUCUUCGAUGUGCUCAGAAGCAGUCACAGCAAUGAGUGCCAGCUAAGCAAUGGAACAGCAUCUCUCCACCGGAGCCAACUUGGUGAAAGCUUCCUCUGGGCCUGCAACAGCAUGGGUACAUCUGAUAUCAUACUUACCUGGCACAUCGCCACAUCCAUCAUUGAGGUGAGGCACCCUUACCGACCUAAUCAAGAGGAAGGUUCUUCGACGAUUUGUAACCAACACAAGAUUGCUGCCACUCACCUGUCACGGUACUGCGCGUACCUUGUCACCUGGUGCCCAGAGCUUCUUCCUGACGAGGAUGAAUGGAGCAAGUGCUUGUACAAUGCUGUCAAGGAGGAUGCCACACGUGUCCUCGCUGUCCGGGCUGCAACCAGGCCGUUGACACCUGAGGUUGAGUACCAGGAUCUAGUGCAAUUGCUAAGUGAAGACUCCAAGCAUGAGGUUUUGAAGAAUGGCGUGAGGCUUGGAAAGCAAUUGGUGGAGUUGGUCGAGGGUGAGGAAGCAGCAUGGGCAAUGCUCGCCGGCUUUUGGGCGGAGAUGAUUUUGUAUGUGUCGCCUUCGAAGAAUCUGAGAGGUCAUUCGAUGGCCAUCGCCCGCGGCGGCGAGCUGAUCACGCUCCUCUGGGCGUUGCUCUUCCAUGUUGGGAUCGUUAAUAGGCCAGAUCUGGGGUCCGGACGCGCCCCAUGCCGGCGAUGAUGGCAUUCAUUGCUGCCACCGGCCGGCGGGUCUGCCACUCUGCCUUGCUUGCGGUCUUCUUCUUGGGCGUCGUCUCUGCUUCUCCAGAGGCAAAAGCAUGGCGCGUUGGGCAACAAGGGCACUGUACUGCAUCACAAGCUAGCCUCCUCAUGCACGGUGAGUACUUUGAUGAGGUGCUUGCCAUC